ACCGUGCAGUUCGUGAGGAAAAGCGGAAAACCCCAGGAAACCCAGAGCGUUGCAUGCCCCGCGAUUCGGGGCUCGUGUCCGUAUACCAGUGUACCUGUGUGCCCCGCGUGCUCGUGUGUGUGUGCCAGCUUAGGUAGCCGAAAAAAAAGAUGAGAUUGAAAUGAAAAUCCGGCAGAUCUUCUAAUCACAACAAACCGAUCGAUUGUCGAAAAACAAGCGAAAGAUAAACUAAAUGAAAAUGCGUAACCACAAGGAGAACGGAAAUGGCUCCGAAAUGGCCGAGCAGCAGAAGAACCUGGCCAAAAUGGAGCCGCCGGAGAACAACAAUAAGAUUUCGGUGGUGUCCAAGCUCCUGCUGAAGGACAGCAAUGGGGCAAGCAGUCGGAGCAGCAACAGCAACGUGAGCUUCAGUUCCGCAUCGAUUGCCGGUUCUGUACAGGAUGAUAUGCCGCACCACAAUAGUAGUCAGCACCAUGCAUCAUCGAUGGAUCAGUGCGGAUUAACUCAGGCCGGCUUGGAGGAGUACAACAAUAGAUCCUCCUCGUACUACGACCAGACGGCCUUCCACCACCAGAAGCAGAACUCCUAUGCCCAAUCCGAGGGCUACCACAGCUAUGUGUCAAGUUCGGAUUCCACAUCGGCCACGCCAUUUCUGGAUAAAUUACGUCAGGAGAGCGAUCUUUUGUCGAGACAGUCGCAUCAUUGGUCGGAGAACGAUCUGUCCUCCGUCUGCAGCAACUCGGUGGCUCCCUCGCCCAUUCCUCUCCUGGCCCGCCAGUCUCACUCCCAUUCGCAUUCCCAUUCACACUCCCAUUCCCACUCCCACUCCCAUGGAAACUCCUCCUCCAUAGCCUCCUCAUCCAGCUCCAGCAACAACAACAACAAUAGCAACGGGAGCAGCAUCAACAACAACAAUAACAACAGCUCGGAAAGCACUUCCUCCACGGAAACCCUCAAGUGGCUGGGCUCCAUGAGCGAUAUAUCCGAGGCCAGUCAUGCCACCGGCUAUAGCGCCAUCGCCGAAUCGGUUUCCUCCUCGCAGCUGAUUGUGCACAGCUCCCGGGUGCUGACCCCCAAGCGUCACCACAGCGAAAGUGUGCUGGCCCCGGCGAUCUCACCCACCGAGAGUAGCAGUGCCUCCGCCUCCAUGAUCUCCGCGGUGGAGGAGGAGGAGGCUUCGGCCACCCCGGUGGCGGUGCAUCAUCCACCCCUGCGCAUCCAGCACCGCCACAGUCCCAGCUACCCACCCGUGCACACCUCGAUGGCCCUGCACCACUUCCAGCAGCAGCAGGAUCACCAGAAUCACCACCACUCCAACCAGUCGGCACAAAGUUCCUCCCUGGAGUUGGACAAACCUCGCUCUGUCCUCGGGCAAUCGCACUCCAUGGGCGAUCUGCAGCAGAAGCAGCAGCUACCUAUCAUGGGAAUCAGUAGAUCCACUGGCCAGCAGCACAAGUCGAGCAUUUCGGUGACCAUUUCCAGCAGCGAGGCGGUGGUCACAAUAGCACCACAACCGCCGGCCGGGAAGCCCAGCAAGCUGAAGUCUUUGUCACUGGAGGCCCAGUCCUUCAGCUCGAGUUCGCCUAAUAUCGGGGCAGAGCAGAGCAGUCCCACCAGUAGUAUCGAUUCCUACCGCAGCAACCACCGCCUCUUUCCGGUAAGCACCUACACGGAGCCGGUGCUCAGCAACACCUCGCAGUAUGUGCAGCAUCCCAAGGCGCAGUUCAGCUCGGGGCUGCACAAGUCCGCCAAACUUCCUGUGAUAACGCCAGCGGGGGCCACAGUGCAGCCCACCUGGCAUUCGGUGGCCGAGAGGAUCAACGACUUUGAGCGCAGCCAACUGGGUGAGCCGCCCAAGUUCGCCUACCUAGAGCCCAGCAAGACGCGCAUCCUCUCGAAUCCUGCCCUGAAGGCCAUCCAAAAGAACGCGGUUCAGUCCUAUGUGGAGCGACAGCAGCAGCAGCAGAAGGAGGAGCAGCAACUGCUGCGUCCCCACUCGCAAUCCUAUCAGGCUCUGCAUGUGGAGCGCAAAUCGCUGCCCAAUAACCUGAGUCCCAUAAUGGUGGGUCUGCCCACCGCCUCCUCGCGGGAAUGCAGCUCACCCACUCCGCCACCGCCGCCUCCAAGGACCAGGAGUCUCCUGCCCAAUCUGCUGAGGCGCUCCAGUUCGGCCUCGGAUUAUGCGGAAUUCAGGGAACACCAUCAGUUGGCCCAGGGUCAAGUCAAAGGGCCCAGCAUAAGGAACAUAGGCAGUGCCGAGAAGAUCAGCUUCAAUGACUGCGGCAUGCCACCACCGCCACCGCCGCCCAGGGGACGUGGAGGGGGCGUGGUGCCCACGCGACGCACUUCCUCGGCCACCGAAUACGCUCCCAUGCGGGAGAAGAUGCUCCUCCAGCAGGCCGCCGCCCUGGCCCACCAGCAGCACCACCCGCAGCAGCACCGCCAUGCACCACCCGAGCGUCCGCCCAAGCAUCCCAAUCUACGGGUUCCCUCGCCCGAGUUGCCACCACCGCCGCAGAGCGAACUGGACAUUAGUUACACCUUCGAUGAGCCACUGCCGCCGCCACCGCCGCCGGAAGUGCUCCAGCCACGCCCACCGCCCUCGCCGAACCGGCGGAACAGCUUCGCUGAGGCAUCAUCAUCAGCCACACGUCGCACCACCACCGCAGCCUACGCAGCAGCACCACCCACGCAAUCGGCGGGGUCCGUGGUUGGAGCCACCAAGGUGCCACCGCUGGUGCCCAAGAAGCCAACGAGCUUGCAGCACAAACACUUGGCGAACGGAGGAGGCGGCAGUCGCAAGCGACCGCACCACACGACUCCGCAGCCCAUCCUCGAAAAUGUCGCCAGCUCGGUGGCGCCACCGCCACCGCCCCUGUUGCCGCGUGCCAGAAACGCCGCCCAUGACAAUGUGAUCGCCAGCAAUCUGGAGAGCAACCAGCAGAAACGAUCGAAUUCCAAGGCCUCGUAUUUGCCGCGCCAGAGUCUGGAGAAGCUGAACAACACAGAUCCCGACCAUGGCAUCUACAAGCUGACCCUGACCUCCAACGAGGACCUGGUGGCCCACACGAAGCCCAGCUACGGGGUGAGCAGCGGGAAGCUGCCCAGCAAUCUGCCGGAUGUCCUGCCGCUGGGCGUUAAGCUGCAGCAGCAGCCGGGGAAACUGCAGCCAGGAUCGCCGAAUGGCGAUGCCAAUGUGACCCUGCGCUAUGGCUCCAAUAACAAUCUAACUGGAAAUGGAAUGGGAAUGGGGAUGGGAAACUCCCCCACGGGUCAGGCACCUCCCUACUACUCCAGUGGUCAAAGGUACUCCACUCCGGUUCUGGGUCAUGGUUACAAACAGGUGACCAGCCCGCAGCAAUACACGAGAUCUCAGUCGUACGAUGUGAAGCACACGAGUGCGGUGAGCAUGCCGCUGAUGUCCCAGUCCCACGUGGAUCUCAAGCAGGCUGCCCAUGAUCUGGAGACGACGCUGGAGGAGGUGCUGCCCAGUGCCACGCCCACGCCGACGCCCACGCCAACGCCCACACCGCCACGCCUCUCGCCGGCCUCCUCGCAGUCGGACUGCAGCCUGAGCACCAGCUCCCUGGAGUGCUCCAUCAAUCCCAAGCCCGAGGCGCACAUCUUCCGCGCCGAGGUGAUCAGCACCACUAAUACUAUACAGACGAAGCCCACGAUGAACCGCCAGGAGUCGCUGAGGGAGAACAUCGAGAAGAUCACCCAGUUGCAAUCCCAGCUGAUGUCGGCGCAUCUCUGCGAGACGGGCCUUUUAGGAGGUGGCUUCGGCUCCAAUCCCAGUUCCCUGAUAACCAGUCCCACUGCCAGUUUUCUCAAUGAGCCCCUGAUGACGCCACCGCCACCGCCCAGUCCGCCGCCCCUGGAAGCGGAGGAGGAUGUGACCUCCAAUCCGCCCAUCGAAGCCGAGAUUGAGGAACUGCAGCUAAUGCAGCGCAGCGAACUGGUCCUCAUGGUCAAUCCCAAGCCCAGCACAAUGGAUAUGGCCUGCCAAACGGAUGAGCUGGAGGACAGGGAUACGGAUCUCGAGGCGGCACGCGAGGAUCACCAGACCAGGACCACGCUGCAGCCGCGCCAGCGACAGCCCAUCGAACUGGACUACGAGCAGAUGAGCCGGGAGCUGGUGAAGCUACUGCCCCCAGGCGACAAGAUCGCCGACAUCCUGACACCAAAGAUCUGCAAGCCCACCUCGCAGUACGUGAGCAAUCUGUACAAUCCGGAUGUCCCGCUGCGCCUGGCCAAGCGGGAUGUGGGCACCUCGACGCUCAUGAGGAUGAAGUCCAUCAACGCGACCGCCGAGAUCCGAGUGGUCAGUGUGGAACUGCAGCUGGGCGAGGAGCCGAGCGAGGAGCCAACGAAUUUAAUCAAACAAAAGAUGGACGAACUCAUCAAGCAUUUGAACCAAAAAAUUGGCUCCCUCAAGCGCGAGCAGCAGACAAUUGGCGAAGAGUGCUCGGCCAACGACAAGCUGGGCCAGGAUCUCUUCGCCAAGCUGGCGGAGAAGGUCCGGCCCAGCGAGGCCUCCAAGUUCCGCACCUACGUCGACGACGUGGGUCACAUCACCAGCCUGCUCCUCUCGCUCUCCGAGCGCCUGGCCCAGACGGAGUGCAGCCUGGAAACGCGCCAGCAGGAAAAGGGCGCGCUAGAGACCAAGCGGAAUCUGUUGUACGAGCAGCUGGAGGAGGCGCAGCGCCUCAAAUCGGAUAUCGAUCGACGUGGAACCAGCAUUGCCGGCCUACUGGGCAAAAACCUCAGCGCCGACAUGUGCGCCGACUACGACUACUUCAUCAACAUGAAGGCCAAACUGAUCGCCGAUGCCCGCGACCUGGCCGAAAGGAUCAAGGGCAGCGAGGAGCAGCUCAGUUCCCUCAGCGAUGCGCUAGUCCAAAGCGAUUGUUAGUUAGCCUGG